AUGGUUUCUUCGGCGUCGGCAGCGCCUCACUCCAGAUCGUCACAACCAAAGCCAUGGCACCGAGUCAUCACCCUGGAUUUGAUACUGCUCAUUCUGGCCAACUCGGUUUUCCACCCGUACAUCACCUUCAUCUUCUACCUGUGCAUCGCGGCGCUGCACAAGCACCGCGAACCCAUCGCAUACUACACGCUGUGGUACACGGGGUUCUUGGCCGUGGUGGAGGUCGCGGUGUGGACGAACCAGCGCAUCACGUACGGCAAGCACAGGAUUGUGGCGUGGGAGAACGAGGUCGUCGUCAUCACGGGCGGAGCUAACGGUCUGGGGAGGGUGUUGGCGGAGAUCCUACUUCGCAAGGGCGUGAGUGUCGCCGUCUUGGAUGUCAGAGAACCGGACGAGGAGGCGAGAGAGACGAUGGAGCGGUGGGAUCUCCUCUGGGAGGUCGUGGACGUUAGUGAUGCGAAGAAAGUCGACGAGGCGAUUGAGAAGGUUGUAAAGGAGCUCGGUCCUCCAACGAUCCUCGUCAACAAUGCAGCAUCGACCGUCACAGGUCUCCCGAUACUACCACUACUACCAUCAUCAGCGUUAACAUCGUCCCAUCCCAACGGGCCGAGUUCUACACUCUCGCCAACUCAAGCGAGCAAGACGUUAUCCGUCAACACCAUCUCGCAUUUCAACCUCCUCUCGGCCGUCUUGCCACACUUGAUCUCGUCAAAGACCGGUGCACACGUCGUCUCCAUCUCCUCUGUCCUAGCACACCUCUCGCCCGCCUCUCUGGCAGACUACAGCGCCUCCAAAGCCGCAGUGGCCACUCUCCACAAGACCCUGUGCCACGAACUCCGGGCCCAUCCCGAUCCUAGCGUGUUUGCCAAGGUCAAGACUCUGCUCGUCGAACCCGGGCAACUCGACACGCAGCUCUUUGCGGGUAUCACAUCCGUCCCCUUCUACGCGCACUUUUUCGGUCCCGUACUCACGGCCCAGGAGGUGGCCAAGGAGAUCAUCCGCACCAUUGAGCGUGGCGACGGAGGUGUCAUCAGGAUGCCAUUUUACGCAAAGUGUAUGCCCUUGUUCGAUAUGCUUCCGGGCACGUUACAGCUGUGCGUGCGCUGGUUCAGUGGUGUCGACGCUGCCAUCACCCAGAGGAACAAGAAAGCUUGA